ACCCAGUUGAAAAGGACUGCUGCCCAUUUCGCUCCGCCUGCCUUUCCUCCAAGGCCAAUCCGCGGCGAUCAUGGCUUUCCGGCGUCCUCUGAUGCUGUCAUCGACAGCAUCGGCGCCUUUCCUCUCCGUUGCGAGCAGAACCUCGCGACUGGCCGCCUCUCUCCCCCGAUUCACCACCAUCUCCUCCCGGGCCUCGUCCAGCUCGACUUCAGCUCUGGCCUACAAGGCCCUGCAUCGCCGGUCUCCUCUCCCCCUGCCCGUAUCUGAUGCCUCUCCCCAAUGGGAUGCCCCCACGGCCGUUUCGUCCAUCCUCUACGAAACUCCCACCACGCCCACCAACCCUCCCAAGCGCCAUAUCCUGAACUGUCUGGUGCAGAACGAGCCCGGUGUGCUAUCCCGCGUGUCGGGUAUUCUCGCCGCCCGUGGCUUCAACAUCGACAGUCUCGUCGUCUGUAACACCGAGGUGGAGGAUCUGUCUCGUAUGACCAUCGUCUUGCAGGGUCAGGACGGUGUCGUUGAGCAGGCCCGUCGUCAGCUGGACGAUCUGGUCCCCGUCUGGGCUGUCCUCGAUUACACCGACUCGGCUCUGGUCCAGCGCGAGCUGCUCCUCGCCAAGGUCAGCAUCCUGGGUCCCGAGUUCUUCGAGGAAUUGCUCCAGCACCACCGCGAGAUCACCACCCCCGGAGAGCCCGCCGAAGGUCAGAAGGACAAGGCCGAGGGCCAGAUCGCGAAGACCGAAUUCCACCCUCGCAACUUGCCCCACAGUCAGGCCCUGAGACACAAGCACGAGCAUCUCGAUGCUAUCACUCGUCUGACUCACCAGUUUGGCGGCAAGGUUCUGGACAUCAGCACCAACAACUGCAUUGUUGAAGUCUCCGCCAAGCCCUCCCGUAUCGACUCCUUCAUGAAGCUCAUCGGCCCCUUCGGUGUCCUGGAGUCGACCCGUACCGGUCUCAUGGCCCUUCCCCGUUCUCCUCUCUUCGAGCCCAGCGAGGAGAUCGAGAAGGACGCCGCUGACGUCGUCGACGCCAGCACCCUCCCCCCCGGUUAAUUGCCAUGUCUUAUAUCCCGCAAUGAAAAAGCCGAAUGUAUUUUCCUCCUCAUCCUCCUGGGCUUAAUCAUCUGUAAAUCGGACACUGCCCUGUCGAGUUAGGCUUUUCUUGACUUAUUAUGUUGAAUACGUCUUUCUGCAUCCUUCCUUCUUCUUUUUGGAUAUUGCGCUAUGGCACAUAAUGAUAGUUGGAUUGAUGGGUGUAGAGCCGUAGAUUUGGGGCUAUACUAUUAUUAGCCGUAUCUUUAUCGUUGAUAGUGGUGCCGUCAGGCCAGUCUCUUCCCAUGGAAGGUUAGACAAUUUCCAUCAAUUCCCAUUUUGUUGGCAUUAAAGAACACAACGGCAAUAG